AUGGACAACUCAACCUUACCUGGUUUAGAGGCAGCAACUGCAAGUGGGGAUGCUGUUAACCCUUUAGGGAGUUCCAAUGACAGCUUGUCCGAAACCAGUGCCUGGGGCAUCAGUGGCAGUGGUCCGUGGCUGUUGGCGUGCAUGUUAUCCCUCAUCAUCCUGAUGACGGCUUGUGGCAACACUCUGUUGAUCGCUCUGGUGUUUGCCCAACGCUCCUUACGCAACACCUCCAACUGUUUCCUGGUGUCUCUCUUCCUGUCUGACCUGAUGGUGGCUCUGGUGGUGAUGCCGCCGGCAAUGCUCAAUGUGCUGUACGGGGCCUGGGUGUUGUGGCCGGGCUUCUGCCCCGUGUGGCUCUGCUUCGACGUCAUGUGCUGUAGUGCCUCCAUUCUCAACCUGUGUGUGAUCAGCCUGGACCGCUACCUCCUCAUCAUCUCGCCGCUGCGCUACAAGCAGAGGAUGACCCCUCCUCGAGCCCUGCUUCUGGUGGGAGGGGCCUGGGGUCUGGCCGCCCUCACCUCCUUCUUGCCCAUCAAGAUGAACUGGCACAGCUUGGGUCAUGGGAGUGGCCAUUCCCCAAUGCACGGGGCUGGCAGUGCCAACGUCAGCACAUACCCAGAGCUGAGCUUGUGGUACCACGCCUCCUACUUCCAGCUGUCGCAGUCCGGUGGCCUGUCCUUCCAGUGCUGUCUGCGGGUUAGCUUUCCUUUUGCCCUGGUGGCGUCAGUCCUCACUUUCUUCCUGCCAUCCAGUGCCAUCUGCUUCACCUACUGUCAGAUUCUCCUGGCGGCGCGGAGACAGGCGAGGCGGGUGGCGGCGCUAAGUCAACCUCCGUACCCGCAUCAUUCGCCUGGGGAGCCUUCUCACCCUCUGUCACCAGGUGGGGGCGCCGCCGGACAUGCUCACCUCGAAGGAGAUGACGACAGUCAUCAGGAGAACCCUGUGUCACGCCACGUGCCGUUGUCGGUGAACAGCGAGCGGCGGCUGGCCCACCGGCAGGGACGGAGGGCAGUGAAGGCCAGUCUGACCCUGGGAGUCCUGCUGGGCCUCUUCUUCAGCGCCUGGCUGCCCUUCUUCAUCACCAACAUGGCCCAGGCGGUAUGUGAGUGUGUUCCCCCGGCGCUCUUUGACGCCAUCACCUGGCUGGGCUACUGUAACAGCACCAUGAACCCCAUCAUCUACCCGCUAUUCAUGCGUGACUUCAAACGGGCCCUGGGGAGGCUGCUGCCCUGCUGCUCCACCCACUCGCCCCACAGACCCUCACUGGCGCUCUCCCUCUCCCUCCGCAACUCCGGCGAGCCCAACCUGCCCACGGAGCCCCCCUCCCUGGCCUCCGACCCCCCACAGCCCCCCGCCACCGCCACAGACGCCGUCAACCUGUUUGACGACGACCACGCUGGGAUUGAGCUGCCCCUGCUGUUGCCCAAUCAGGUGGACACGCUGGACUGA